AGCAUAUCUCGAGGCUCAAGCCGAACGCUCCGAGCGGUACCUCCACAAAGCUCCACUUUCCCUCGCCAUGGGCAGCGGAAUCUCCGGGAUCUCGACCGAACAGACCACGGGACGCACCAAGCGCAGCUGCGAGUUGGAGAGCGGUUCCGGCGCCGCGACCGCGUUUCGCAGCCAGACGGAGGAAGAAGAGCUGACCAUGCGGCCGAUGAUUGGAAGCGCUUUGGAGGAUGCGUGGUGGACCUCAGGAGGCAUCACUUCCACACAGUUUGUCGGCGGUCCGAUUUUCUACCAGCCAUCCUUUGGUAGUUACAGCAACUCAAGGACAGGAAUUGAGCGGACAAGCCUGGCCGCCAGGUCCGACAGGUCGAAGUGAUGUGUUUUUUUACACACCUGGCAGCUCCCUUCAACGGUAAGUGUUGUUGCGGAGCGGCAGGUCGAUUUUGGGUCGAUGCUUUUGCGUUCGGAGCCUGUUCAUGAACUGAAAUAGGUCGUUGUUGUGAAACGGGUUGUUCAAACAACCAGAAGACCCG